AUGUAUGUCACCGUGUCGGACGAAACUCGUCUCUCGCUAACAACCACGGCGUGCGUGCCUUCUCCUGCCGACUCCCUCGUGGAGGACGACUCCUACACUGCUCCCCCACCGCACUCCCCGUCCCAAGCGUCUCCCUCAACCUCCUUCUCUCUCGGACCUCCACCUUUCUCCUCACUCUUCUGUGCCUCGCCUUCAAACGAGCUCAACCAGCCCAAGGUUUCCGAGUCUGGACCAGCUUCGCUCCCAGCUUUCGCGCCGCCACCACCUGUCGAGGAGCCCCUCGAGUCGGCCACCUCGUCGUCAGUUGUCGCAGACACGAAAGCCUCCUUCUCCGAGCCAAAGGGCGACGGGCCUGGAAAAAAUACAGACGACGGGGAACCGCCACCACCGUACACCGAAGGUUAUAGCCCACUAGAGUCAUUUACCUACGUAAUGGCUGCUGCGGGAGGUGCUUCAAGCAUCAUCACCCAGGUCCAGCAGACCGGAGGGCCACCUAUCAAUACACUCGGAGAUAUCGGUGGAGAUGAGCACAUCACUCUCGAUCUCCGGGGUACCCGGUUUACACUUUCCCGCGACGAGCUCUUGACGUUGCCUGAAUUCGUCCUGCUUUCUCUCUUCCCGAAUGGUCUUCUUCCUGAUGGACAUAUGGGCGGAUUCCACGAGGGGGACAUCUACCCUGUUGAUUACGAUCCGGCAUCGCUUCAAUACAUGCUCGAUUUCUUCCGCUCUGUGGCUCAGUCUAUUCCAUCAUCGCUUCCUUCGGCAUCAACGUCACCGGAUUUGGAAAUUCCAGACGCGAUGCAAAAUUCCGCGCGGGAUAUGCUCCAAGAUCGCGCCGGAAUCAUCGUCCUUCGCGAAGACCUUGAUUUCUAUGUCAUUCCGCCACGACCAGAGAUCGGUCAUGAGGAAAUGCUGGAGGUCAAGCGCGCUGCUGGCCGCGCGCUGUUGAAGCAGGAUGGUAUCUUUUCUGGGCUACGUAAGAGCGAAGAGGUUGGCUCGACUGAGCAGCACCUCAUUGAAAUGCUGACCGCUGGUGGAUUCGAUCGCGAAGACCAGUGGGGGCACCGGGCCCCGGAGCCCAACAAGGCAGUCAUCUGCAGUCUUGCCCUCGCCAAGCUUCGCACUGAUAUUCGAGGUGAUCUUUCGACCAACAAUGCCGUCGGCAUGGCUCAAAAGCUCCUUCUCUUCUGGAGAAAACCCGCCCGUCGUUGCUGGUGGGAAGGUGUUGAUUUGGACAACGUAGAAGGUGUGGAGGGCCAAGUCAAAGUUUGGAUUCGGAGGGUCUGGACUCUGGAAAUGAGCGUCAUCGGACUCCGAUGA